CUUCCCACUUCCGAUGUAAACUGAGCACCACGUGUUCAUGACGUGUGAAUGGAGUCGUUCAGUAACCGGACCGAUUUACACUUGGAGCUUUAAUGACGUGUUAUUAGCAGUAAAUCCGAUAAAGGCGCUGUCUUUAGAUCGUUGCGUGGCUGCACACCAGGGAUUUUUCGUGGAGCUGCAGCCUAUGUGGGAUCACUAGACACAAGCAAAAGUCACUGUUCCCCAAAUGGCAAUAUGGAUAUGGUUCCCGAUAGUGACAGCUCUGCUGCUGGUCAGGCCCUGCUUGAUGGCUGUGAAUGGUGACUGUGACCCGCCUGUAGUGGAGAGGGACAGACUUUUAGCAGAGAGAACACAGCAGCAACAUCUGCAUGCACUUUUCUUAAAGUAUGGUGAGAAUGGGACCAUCUCAAUGGCUGGUCUGCAAAGGCUGCUCGAGGGAUUGGGACUGGACCGCAUCAGGAGAAUUACAGUGCAACACCAUGGAAACAAACAUGACCACACACAUUCACAUGCACACUCACCAACACACACACACAAACACACCACACAUACGCAUUCUGUUGGUAGCAAGAAGGAUGAUGAUGGGUCCAGUGUGGAGAAGAGUAUCUUAACCUCCAGUGUGAAUCCUGACUCUAUUUCUGUGAAGAAGAGCCAAUUAGAUAUUCACCACAAUCUCUACAUAAAGAGAGAUUCUGAUGCAACUGCUAUUCUGACCACACCGUCUUAUGUAGCCAAAUCACGCCGAUCCGAACGCAGCUCAGACAACAACCUCAUGGGCUCUGACUUUUCCCAGAACAAUGCAACCACCUACCACAAUGAGAACACGUCCACAAGCAACCUGGAUGACCACAAUAACCAUGACAAAAAUGAGAAAAGUCCAUUAACCCAUAACUUCAGUCAAGAGUCUCAGUGCCAGAAUGCCACCACGAUUCUGCAGACGCAUGGCAUGUCCCAAGAAAUGACCCUCUCUGUUAAUGACUUCAGCUUCCUUUGUCCUGCUCUUCUUGUGCAAGUUGAUUUCAAGUCCUGUCUUCUGCAUGCUGAGAAGCAAUCAGAAGAUAAAGAUCACAUUCACCACCACCAUCACCAUCACCAUGAUGAAGCUGGUGGAAAAAGCCAGAAGAAUUUUCCCAUUUAUAUGGCAUGGAUUGGAAGUUUUCUCUCCAUCACGAUAAUCAGUUUGCUGGCUCUGGCAGGUGGAGUCCUAAUACCAUUUAUCAACAAAGUGUGUUUUAACUUCCUGCUCAGUUUCCUGGUUGCCCUUGCAGUUGGCACGCUCAGUGGAGAUGCCCUACUGCACCUUAUCCCACAUGUAUGUUCACAAAUGUCUCAGGGUCACCACAAGCACCAUCAUGCUGACAAUGAAAGCUUGGAGCAUGGUCUCCAAGACAACAGUGAAGAUUCCCUUAAGCCUGUUUGGACAGGGUUGACUGCAUUGGGGGGAGUUUACAUCAUGUUUCUCAUUGAGCAUUUUUUGACCCUUGCAAAAAUGUUCAAAGACAGAAAACAAAAGGAGCAGAAGAGAGCGGAAUUGGCUGCUGAAAUGUUAGAGUCUCAGAAUGUGCCAGUUAUAGCUGACAUUAUUGUCAAACCUCUCGAUGAUUCUGAGCUGAAUGGCAAGCAUGCGUGUGGACAGGGUCUGCCAGAGGAGGAAGAAGUGAUGUUAUCUGAGGGUUGCUACACCGAUGAAGACUGUGAGAACAAGUGCCACUCCCAUUUCCACGAUACUGUCGGCCAGUCAGACGAGCAGCACCACCAUCACCACAACUACCACCAUAUUCUGCACCAUCACCACUCUCAAAACCAUCAUCCCCACACUCACACACACAGACGUACACAAUCUUAUUCUGUCCAGCAUUUUGAGAAUGCUGGGGUUGCCACCCUUGCUUGGAUGGUCAUUAUGGGGGACGGCCUGCACAACUUUAGCGAUGGGCUGGCUAUAGGAGCAGCCUUUACAGAGGGUUUGUCUAGUGGUCUCAGCACUUCGGUUGCUGUGUUCUGCCAUGAGCUUCCUCAUGAGCUAGGAGUGGAAGUGUUUUCCUGACCACAUCAGAGAGAAGAGUCCAUUGUGUGGAAGGUUGAGUUCUUUCUUUUUUUUACUCCUGUUCUUGGUCUAGCACUGCUUCCUGUAUAUGGACUGCGGGUAGCUCAGGGAGCUCAGUGCAGAUGGUACACUUAGCUGACUCUCACCACUCUCUAGAGAGCUCAUUUGUCCUGCUUUGAUGCAGUUACCCAUCAGGAUGAGAGAGCAGUUUAAAACCCUUUAAGCGUCUGAGGUGGUAAAGACUCUGUUGGCCCUUCUUCAACAGAAGUGUUGAAGUGACAGGACCAUGACAGAUCCUGAUUUAUGCGAAUACCUAGAUACUGUCCAUGUUCUCCACUGGGGUCCAUUGAUUGUGAGUGGUUGGUAUGUCAUUUUCUGCUUUGUUCAGAAGUCCACCAUCAACUCCUUUGUCUUGCAGAUGUUCAAGAGGAGAUUGUUGUCCUGGCACCAUAUCUCCAGGUUUUUAAUCUUUUUUUAGGCAGCUGGUCUUGUCAUUGGAGAUCAGGUCCACCACAACAGUGUCAUCAACAAAAUUGACAAUGUUGGUCGAUCUGGAAGUGGCUACACAGUAGAAGGUGUACAGUACAGCAGUCAGCUUAGAACACAACCUUGGGGGGUUUCCAGUAAAGAGGGUGAGGAAGGGUGAGACAUGUUUGCCCACCGAUAAUGCUUGCGGUCCAUCUGUAAGGAAGUUGGUGAUCUAUUGGCACAGUGAAGAGCUAAGUCCCAGGGCCUGCAAAUUGAUGUUCAAUGCUGAAGUUUAGUUAACAGACAGAAGGUAGGUAUAUAAUGGCGUUCUCGGAUGAGGACCGGUUUGGACAGGUUUUAAGUAUGCAAAUUCUACUGAGUCCAGGAUGUUGUGUAAUGAACACUCAAUGAAGCAGGCAUAUCACUGUCAAUGUUUUUAAUCAAGAGCCUUAAAGUAUUUCUUCACAUGUUUUUGCAGAGGACAACCCAUGCACACACAGGCUAAAAUCGCCUAAUUGCAAGGAUGUAACUUCAGAAUACUAAUGCUGACUGCUUUAUUUGUUGGAUGCAUAUUGUAUUGUAAAACUAAUGAAUUGAGUUUCAGUGAUGCUGUUGUAUCUCUGUGGUAUCUGUAAAUAAACCAUCCCCUGCAUCUGAGAAAUGUGGCUGAAGUUUUAAAAUUGAAUUCUUUAU